UUUACAGGUGAAGAUGAAUCCUGAAUCUACAGGACAGCGAGUAAAACUGAGCUGUGAUUCCUCCUGCCCUUUAACAUCUGAAUAUAAUUACCGCUGGUACAAGAAUGGACAAUAUUUAACAUUUGACCAAAGCAUAUUUGUGUCAUCCAGUGAAAACACUGACAGUUAUUCCUGCUCUGAGUCUGAUUCAGUUCCCUCUUCAUCUGUGUGUCUUUCACACAGUGGCUGUUGGGGUGUGACUUACACCUCUAGAAGAGUUUGUGCUUUAGUGGGAUCAACAGUAGAUAUUCACUCUUCAUACUCACAUCCCACUGGAUAUACAGUAGAGGAAACAUACUGGGAUAACCGUCGUUAUGGGGCAUUCAGAGAUCUGCGUGAGGAUCGUCAGUUUUCUGGUCGUGUGGAGUUUGUGGGAAACACACUGAGAAUCAAAGACGUCAACAUGAGUGACACUGGAGAUUAUCAGUUCAGGUUCAUCACUAACACAUCAGAUGUAGUUUCUGGUUAUCCUGGAGUCCUUCUUACUGUUAGAGAAAUUUCAGAUACACAAGUGAUAAGCAGUCCAGACCCUGUGAUAGAUGGAGAAAAAGUGAUAUUAAGCUGUUCAACCGGAUGCACUCUGGAUAACAAACAUACUUACAUCUGGUAUAAGAAUGGACAACAGGUAACAGAUGGAUUGACAUUAUUAAACAAGCUGUACCUGGACUCAAUCAACAGUGAGGAGCUACAAGAGUAUUCCUGUACUGUUAGAGAUACGAUGGACAAAAUAAAUGCUUUAAUACAUAAAACUGUAGGAUACUGAUUAAAACAAGGCUUGGCUUUCUGAAGGUUUGCUACUAUAAAUGUUUUAACACUCUGGGGUCGACGCAAACUCUUUAUUUUUCAAUCACUCUGCAAAGAGACUUAAAUUACUCUGAUGAUUUUGGACAUACAGAUAUGAUUUAUACAUAAUUUAAAACGUUAAAGUGUCUAUUUUUUUCUGUCCACUCCCAAUAAAAACAGAAUGUCGUGCUUUUCGCAAAAUUAAGAAAAUAAACAUGAUGCAUGUUUUGUUCUCUCUCCCUCAGUGAAGUCAUUUCAGAAACGCGUCAGAAAAAUAAACUGUAACUUAACGAAUACUUGUCAUAGAAACAAAAGAUAAAUGUCUACAUAAUGCUUGGAAUGUCAGCUUUUGAAUGAUGUAAGUAAGAUCGAAAACAUAUUGUCAUUCGGUGUAAACUGUAUGAGAAGGAGGAGAGGUACUGUCUUUCUCAUGUUACCUGUUUAUCUGUAAUGAGAUGAGAUCGCCACACCCCCGCGCCAUUGAAGUGAACGAGUAGAAACAUCCAUAUGCAUAACUCGUGCCUCCUGCAGUCAAUGGAUACGCAAUCCACAAUCCAGUCUCUCCACUCCUUGUUGUUUUAUCCGAGUGCACCAAACAUGACAUCUACUGUAAAUCCUUAUUUACUUGCAUAUGUGUGUCAGUAUCUCCAGACGCGAGUUUGUCUUAGAAUUUGUAAAUCAAUAUAUUGUUUUAUGUGAAUGAGUACGCAGACUGAUUUUCACAUCAUUUUGAAGAAAAAACCCUAGACUACUAGAUCCUGUUUUGAAAAGUCUUGGGAAAACAUGUUUAGAAUGAGCGUUGACAAAUGUCAGUGCAUGUCAAAACUUCCCCAGGGCCCUAAAAACCCCUUAGACCCCAGAGGGUUAAUAAAGCUUUUUGGUACCUGCCUUUCUGAGAUAUUUAUCCACAUAUUAUAUUUGUAUUAAGACAUUCAUAAUCGUCAGAUAAAUGUUAUCUUUUGAAUAUAUUUCUCUGUUUUCUGUUUUGACUGCAGUAUGUGGAAACACUUUCUAUGAAGUCUGUGUUUAUAAUGCAUUAUUGCAGGUAUAUUCCCUUAUAAUAAACAUUAUUAUACUGUAUGUUGUAUUCUCUAAUAAAUAAUCAUUACAACAGUUACAAUACAUUAUUUGUGGUUGUACCAUUUAUGAGUAUGAUGAUUUAUGACACAUGAGGAACUCCACAUUGUUAUCUUGUAUUAUAAGUACACGUUGUCAUGUAUUUAAAUUUUAUAUAUUUGCGUUGUAUAAUUGUCACUUGACCUAAAGCAGUAAAUAAACCAUAAGUCUUCUCAUAAACAUCCACAAUGCUUUACAUACAAAUAACUGAAACAAACAGAAAGCUACAGAUUGGGCUUUAAUGUUCUUUAAAAGGAAAACCUCAGGAAAAUGUGUCAGAAAUGUCCAACAUAUGUUUGUUACCAGCCUUACUCCUCAAUAUUUAUACCCAAUCAUUAAAAUGGCACUCAUAAUACUGGCAAAGGCUUUAGUGGAGCUUUUGUAGAGCAUCGAUGAGCAGUGUACUGCUUACUAAUUCUGUGAGACAUUUUGAGUAGUCCCAGAUGACCUGCCUAAAGUUUAGAUUGUCUCAUUGUUAAACCUGUCCUCCAUA